AUGUCAAGCUCGGCCUUGGCAGCUCGGGCUCGGCUCGGUGUUUGGGGUAUGAGGGUCCUGCAAACCGGAGGCUACGGCUCGGACUUGCCGGACAGCACGAACACUGGCGCUGGCUCCAUCUGAGAAGCUGGCGCCUUCGGAAAGAGGGAGAAGGCUGAAGAGGAGCGUUAUUUCUGAGAGAAGAGUAGAGAACAGCCGGCUGCCCUGAGGAAGCAUCAUGAAGAUGAGAUAGAGCACCACGCGAAGGAGAUUGAGCGUCUGCAGA